AGCCUCUAGCGGCGCGACGACAGAACCUGUAGUUGUUUAUUUGGUGGGUUACCUUGUGUUCACUGUAUAUUCUCAACCGGCGUUUCUGUGAAAAGUCACUUGCUGCUUCUUAAAACGGGUCGUUUGUAAAGGAAAAAUAUGCCAUCUGAGGAUAAAAAGAAAAAGGCUCAAGCGAAGAAAGAUGCAGUCAAAAAGCGAAAUCAGAAGCAAACGCGGUCAGUAUCAACGGUGUUAGAUAACGAGAGUGAUGUAAAGGCUGAUAAGGAAACCAAUUCUACUUCGCAAAAUGGGUUAUUGUCUCAGUCUUCGAAUCACAAUCAGAUACGUGAUGAUGACUUCGUGGGUAGUGACGAUGAAAAUAAGGAAGUACAUCAGGCGUUGGUUGAAACCUUGGAAUGCCUGGAUCUUGUUAGUGAACGUGUUGCCGCUUAUCGGUCCGUUACUGGAGUCCUAGCUUCUCAUCCUGAGGCUAGAGAUGUGCAGUUUUCAAAUUUAAGUAUCACUUUUCAUGGAAAAGCUUUGUUAGCUGAUACUCGUUUGGAAUUAAACAAUGGUCGAAGAUAUGGAUUGAUUGGCUCAAAUGGUUGUGGCAAAUCUACUCUUCUCGCUGUAAUAGCCAAUGGAGAACUUCCUGUACCACCUCACAUUGAUAUUUUUCUGUUGCAACGUGAAAUGGCACCAACAAACAAAACUGCAUUGGAGUGUGUAAUGGAAGUUGAUGAAGAACGUGUACGUUUAGAACAAGAAGCUGCACAAUUGGCAUUAGAUGAUGAUCCUGAAACACAUGAACGUUUACUAGAGGUUUAUCAACGCUUAGACCAUUUAGAUGCGGAUAAAGCUGAAGCAAAAGCAGCCGAACUUCUUCAUGGUUUAGGAUUUACCGCCGAAAUGCAAAAGAAAGAAGUUCGUCAUUUUAGUGGUGGUUGGCGAAUGAGAAUCGCUUUAGCCCGAGCUUUAUUCGUUCGUCCUGCAUUACUGCUACUGGAUGAACCAACAAAUCAUUUGGAUUUGAAUGCAUGCGUUUGGUUAGAACGUCAACUAGUCAAUUAUCCACGGUGUUUAGUUAUAAUAUCACAUUCACAAGAUUUUUUGAAUGGCGUUUGUAACCACAUUAUUCUGAUGAACAAGCAGAAAUUGACCUAUUUCGGUGGUAACUACGAUCAGUAUGUACGCACUAGGUGCGAGUUGGAGGAAAAUCAAAUGAAGCGGUUCAAAUGGGAACAAGAUCAGAUUGCUUCAAUGAAGGAUUACAUAGCUAGAUUUGGACAUGGAAACAAAAAAAUGGCACGUCAGGCACAGAGCAAAGAGAAAGUUUUACAGAAAAUGGUAGCUGGCGGUUUAGCUGAACGUGUUGAGGGAGAUAAGACUCUGACAUUCUACUUCCCUGACCCUGGAAAAAUACCACCACCUGUUAUUCAAGUUCACCAAGUCAGCUUUCGAUAUGGACCAGAUAAGCCUUGGAUUUAUCGUAACAUUGAUUUGGCCAUCGAUUUAGAUCGUCGCGUUGCUUUAGUCGGCCCGAAUGGUGCAGGGAAAUCAACUUUGUUGAAGUUAGUCGCUGCUGAGGUAGGCAUUAUAGUUAAUCCUUUUAGAUACUUAUUUACACUAUACUACCACAUUUAUUUUGAACUGUGAAUAAAUCAUCAUAGUAUUUUAACAGAUAUUGCAUGCUUCCUGAGUAAAUUUAUUUUGUGCUUAAUUCAUUACAGUUGGAUCCAACUGAUGGUCUUGUUCGCCGACAUUCACAUGUUCGUAUGGGUCGUUAUCAUCAGGUGGGAGACUAUUCAUUUUUACCUUACCUUUAGUUAAAAGUGAAAAUGUGUUUUAGAAAGCAUAAUUAGCAUACUUUAAAAUUGUUAAUAUUUCAUUGCUUUUCGUAGCAUCUACACGAAAUGUUAGAUAUUAAUAUGAGUCCAGUCGAUUGGAUGAUGCAAUGUUAUCCGGAAAUUAAAGAACGUGAUGAUAUGAGAAAAUUACUUGGACGUUACGGUUUGUCAGGGCCUCAACAAGUAUGCCCUAUUCGUACAUUAUCUGAUGGACAAAGAUGUCGGAUUAUAUUUGCGUGGCUUGCUCAAAAAGCUCCUCAUCUUUUGCUACUUGACGAGCCUACAAAUCAUUUAGAUAUUGAAACAAUAGACUCACUAGCUGAAGCUAUCGAUAAUUUCGAAGGUGGUCUACUACUUGUUAGCCAUGACUUUAGGCUAAUAUCUCAGGUAUGUCUUCGAGUUUCCUUUCCGUUUUGAAACUUCAUGCUAGCUUUGACUACAUUCCGUAUAUUAAAUGUAGUUACUUACUUACGCCUGCUACUCCCAAUGGAGCAUAGGUCACCAACCAGCAUUCUCCAACCCAUCAGAUCCACCGUGUUAAUUAAUGAUACUGCCCAAAUAUGUAAAGGUUUUUACAUCUCCCAAAUCGUCUCCGUCAAUUGUGAUUGGAUUGGUGCAUGCUGUAUUGUAUCGGAGAAUCUUGCUUUUCCCUUUGUGUAUAUUGAGAGCUACUGCUGCUCCACUGGUCUUCUUCUCCUGCAUUUGUUGUUGUGUGUGCGAUAGAAGGGCCAGAUCAUCUGCGAAGUCUAGAUCGUCUAGCUGCAUUCUAGAUGUCCACUGUAUCCCAUGCUUCCCCUCAGAUGUUGACGUAUUCAUGAUUCAGUCGAUCAGCAGGAGAAAGAGAAAGAGUGAGAGUAAGCAACCUUGCAUAUCACCGGUCUUCACCUCGAACGAGUCUGUCAAUUGUCCUCCAUGCACGAUUUUGCAGUUUAAUCUAUCAUAGGAAUUCUGUAUGAUAUUGACUAUCUUCUGAGGCAUGUCAUAGUGUCGAAGAAGCUUCCAUAGUGUUGUCCUGUCCACGCUGUCAAAUGCUUUUCCGUAGUCAAUGAAGUUGAUGUAGAGUGAUGAAUUCCAUUCAAUUGAUUGUUCCACAAUGAUCCGUAGAGUUGCGAUUUGGUCUGUACACGAUCUAUCCUUACGGAAUCUUGCCUGUUGGACUCGAAUUUGGGCGUCUACGGAGUCCUUCAUCCUGUUUAACAAUACCCUGUUGAAGACUUUUCCCGGUAUUGAGAGAAGAGUGCUGCCCCUGUAGUUAUCACAGUUGAUGAGAUCGCCUUUCUUCGGUAUUUCGAUCAGAAAUCCUUCUUUCCAUUCUGUUGGUACUUGUUCUUUAUCUCAAUAUUAAAUGUAUUAAUGUAACUUAUUUCCAAAGCGUACUUUUAUAUACUUGACUAUGGGGCCGUAAUGCUUAGUCCUAUGUCAAGCCCAUAUGGAGUUGUCUCACUUGUCUUCUCCGCCUUGCUUCUCUCUCUCUCUCUCCAUCUUUUAUUUCUCCACUUCGUUUCUCUGGUUUUCUGUCUUGAUCAACGAGUGUACGUAAUAUACGUAUCUAAAAUUCAUUCUCGUAUUUAUUCCGUCAUUCACUAAUGCGAACAAAGUUGAAAAUUAUGUACGAGGUUAUCCUGGUUGUAUAUUUCGAUAAUAUCAUCAUAUGAUUACAAAAGUGGACAUUCAGAAUAUGACAUGGAACUAGACACUGCAAGGCAACGGCUAUUUCCCCCCCCCC